UUUCGUUGUUAAAUAACAUUAAGUUACGACAGUGCGUCUCAAAUAACGUUCACAUAAUACAUUAGUCGGUCGACAGAGUAAUAUUUCUCUACAAAAUGGAUGUCGGUGAAUUGCUUUCGUUCAAACCGACACCAACACCUAAGCGUCCAAACGAUGAAGAUAGCGGUGACUCUGAUGAAGAAACUGCCAGAGCUGUUAAAAUGCGGCGUAUAGCCAAAGCGAAGACUGACCAAAUGAUGUAUCAAUUGAGCAAAGGCCUUCCAAAAGAACCUAUUAUUUCAGAUAAAGAGAAGGAAGACAUCUUACGAUAUGUGGAAACUGAAGCUACGGAAGGUGAAGUACUGGAUGAGACAGCAGUAAAAAAACUGGUACUAAACUUUGAGAAAAAAGCUCUAAGGAAUAGAGAGAUGAGGAUAAAGUUCCCUGAUCAGCCUGAGAAGUUUAUGGAAAGUGAAAUAGAUCUUCAUGAGGCAUUGCAGGAAUUAAGUGCAGUUGCUACAGUGCCAGAUCAAUACCCUUUACUGGUGGAGUUGAAAUGUGUGAACUCGUUACUGGAAUUGCUAUCACAUGACAAUACUGAUAUUUCUUCUAAAGUGGUCAAUUUGUUACAGGAACUGACAGAUGUUGACAUUUUGCAUGAAAGUGAAGAAGGUGCAGAAGCAUUAAUUGAUGCCCUGGCAGAAGCAGAAUGUGCUUCCUUGUUGCUCCAUAACCUGGCUAGAUUAGAUGAACAAGUGGCUGAUGAGAGGGAUGCAGUACACAACACAUUGGGUAUAGUAGAAAAUAUCACAGAGUUUAGGCCAGAGCUAUGUAUAGAAGUGGCCAAGCAAGGCUUCAUGCAAUGGAUCCUAAAAAGGCUAAAAUUGAAAGUGCCAUUUGAUGGCAACAAGCUGUAUGCAACCGAAAUACUGUCUAUACUUCUGCAGAAUACGCCGGAGAAUAGGAAAUUGUUGGGAGAACUUGAUGGCAUUGAUGUACUGUUGCAACAGUUGGCUUUUUACAAGCGUCACGACCCGAGCGGCGCGGAGGAACAAGAGGCAAUGGAGAACAUGUUCGAUUCUCUAUGCUGCGCUCUCAUGGAACCAGCAAAUCGCGACCGCUUCCUGCGCGGGGAAGGACUGCAACUUAUGAAUUUGAUGUUGCGAGAAAAGAAAAUGUCCCGGAAUGGUUCACUAAAAGUAUUAGACCAUGCACUGGCUGGGCCUGAAGGACGCGACAAUUGUAAUAAGUUUGUGGACAUUCUUGGGUUGCGAACCGUCUUCCCUCUUUUUAUGAAAACUCCAAAGCGGAAGAGAUUGCUCACAGUUGACCAGCACGAAGAACACGUGGUGUCCAUAAUAGCAUCCAUGCUACGUAACUGUCAAGGUACGCAAAGGCAGAGAUUGCUUGCAAAGUUCACUGAAAACGACCUUGAGAAAGUCGAUCGCCUUAUGGAAUUGCAUUUCAAAUAUAUGGAUAAGGUUGACCGCGCCGAAAAAGACAUGGAGCAAGAAUCAGAAGAUUUAGAUGAUGACGCCCAGUAUCUCAGAAGACUUUCGGGUGGUCUCUUCACGCUGCAACUUAUCGAUAGAAUUAUUUUGGAAGUCUGCACUGCGGGUCCACCUGCGAUAAAGCAACGCGUACAACGGGUUCUGUCACUACGCGGCGGGUCUUUGAAAAUUAUCAGACACGUCAUGAGAGAAUACGCGGGCAACCUCGGAGAUGCGGGUAGUGAAGAAUGGCGGCAGCAGGAACAACAGCACAUACUACAACUUGUAGACAAGUUCUAAAUAUUAGCUGCUCUAGUUUAAUAAAAUGAAUUGGUCAUACA